AUGUCUCAGGCUCAAGAGCUCCCUCCCGUCGUCUCUGGCGUCCCCGCCGUCGCCGCCGACAAUACCCAGAAGACGGCGACCAAGAAGACCAAGUCCAAGUCCAAGACGCUCAAGAAGAUACUGCCUUCCGGCGCAGGCUUCGAGAUGUACCGCGACCCCACCAAUCAGGAGGUGAAGUACCUUGACGACCAGAACGAGACUAUUGCCUUCAAGAACGCUCUGCACGCCGUCACUCCCAACCUCGACACCCGCGCCGUCGACGCCGCCAUGGCCGAGCUCUUCGAGAAGGCCACCAAGCUUGCGCCUCACAUGGCGGCUACUGAUGGCACUGCCGGAACCUUCAUCGCCGCCGCCCGCAAGGCCAACUGGACCAAGACCGCUCUGAGGUACAUGAAGCCCACUGUCCCGGCCAAGGUCAUGAUGCGCCUUUACGAGGCGCGCCGCCUCGCCAUCAAGUUCUCGGGAUACCGCCAGCAUCCCAUCGCCUACGACGAGGAGACUCAUACCGCAAAGGCCAUCGACGUCCUUCUCCAAGAGAAGCCUGAUGAGAAGCCUGACACCUUCUUUGCCGACUGGACCAACGAGCAGCUCGAGAGAAUGAUGGGCAAGAUCCGCCGUAAGGAGCGCGCCGACUGGGUAAAGGGCAAGGAGGAUGAUAAGGAGGGUGAACUAAUGAGCCCCAAGGAGGCUAGAGAGUUCGCCGAGGCCCAGAAAGCUGCUCAGUCGGAGCUCGAGGAUGCCCUUGCCAUGAAGAUGCGUGAGUUGGGCAUCAAGAAUGGUGGUGCUGGUUUUCUCUCGCACUAG